ACACUCACUCUCUUUGGUAUACCUUCACCAUCGCUCCCAAAUCGAGACAUCAGCCACAGUGGUGUACGGUUCAAGGCCAGGUAGACAAAAUGACUUUUCUUCACUACAAUUGUGGCAACAAAGCCACCGAACCCUUUGACCCUCUCUUUCUGCAGGUCAAAAUGUCUUGUCAGCACAAAGCGAAUGGACACACCACCGGAUCCUGGGACUUUGGCUCGACUGAAGAGACGUUCCUCACAUUUGACGCAGAAAAUAGAACAUGGAAAGUGCAUUAUGCUGGAGCCAAACAGAUGAAAGAGAAGUGGGAGCACGACCCGGAUGUGAAUCAGUUCUUCUAUAUCACCUCGAUGGGAGACUGCAAGAGUUGGCUCACCAACUUCCUGAUGCACUGGGAGAAAAUGCCACAGUUCAGAG